CUCACCCUUCCGGGGGCCCGCGGUGUGGGGGACGCGGGGCCGUCACGGACUGCGUCACGGUUUCCCUGCACGGGAAGGUUCCCAUCCUGGGUGCAGACACCAGAGGGAUCCUUCGGUUGGCUCUCGCUCAGAUCGCUGGAGGAUGUAGUCUGUUGGCCAAAAGAACACAGGAUCUGGAGACCGAGGAGCUUGUAAAUUAAAGCUGCCUGCUUUGUCUAGCAUUCUUGAGUUCGUCUGCACCGCCUGCCUGUGAGAAGAUGGUCAACGUCUUGAAAGGAGUGCUUAUAGAAUGCGACCCUGCCAUGAAGCAGUUCUUGCUGUACUUGGAUGAGUCCAAUGCCUUGGGGAAGAAGUUCAUCAUUCAAGACAUUGAUGACACACAUGUGUUUGUCAUUGCGGAGCUGGUCAAUGUCCUCCAGGAGCGAGUAGGGGAGCUGAUGGACCAGAAUGCCUUUUCUCUUACCCAGAAGUGAAAAUACUAGCUGUUGAGCACGAGGGAAUUACAAACCACAGACAUGAGGGAGGCCCCAUUCAGAGUCUCCUACAGCGUGUAGACCUUUUAUGGGCAUUUUGUGGGGGAAGGUUGCAGGGCCAUUGAUUCAGACGAAAGCCCUGAUUUUCUUUUUUUUUUAAGAAGAACCAACAAUUGGCUGCAAUUUGGCUUUUAUUAUUUAUUAAAAUAGUUAUCUGUGCUGGUGUGGUGGCUUAGUUGGUAAAGGCCCUUGCUACCAAUUAUGAUAGCCUGAGUUUGAUCCCAGGGAAGGGAAGAGCUCCCACAGUUGUCUCCUGACUAACCUGUGUAUACCUCCCUCCCACACAAAUAAGUAAACAUAAUUAAAUAUAAUCAUAAA